AUGGCCGAAGCUGAACAGGUUGAUGCACCAAGCGCUACUUUGCCUCAAACUGCCCCCAUUCCAGAAUCACAAACUAUUUCACUACCUCUACUUCUGGGAAACAGUUCACCCCGACUGGAUGAUCAUCAACCACUUCCAAGUGCCAAUACCUCUCAGCACCAAGUGCCAGAGAGAGUUUCGCCAGAAAAUUCAGUUCCAGAACAUUCGGAUGACGAAGUAGAAUUUGUGUUUUGUGUCCCUCGAAGAAGGAAAAAAAAGCGCAGAAGGCUAGAAAUUCCAUCACAUAAGACUCACAUCGACUCGGCUAGAUCUAUCACAAGUGCCGGAGUUGCAGUUACUCAUCCGUUAAAAGAAAAUUCCAUAGCUGAAAUGCUACCUCCACUUGCUCCUGGUACUGAACCUGAUGAUAUGAAUUUGGCGAGAUGCCAACCCGUCCACUCGCUGCAACCCCCCACUACACUUGAGUCCUUUCUACAACCUCUGAACAGUCUACAAUCGGAGACAUCUGAGUCACCUGCUUCACAUGUAUCGCAAACCAUACCGUUCAAAAUCCCACCACCUUGGUAUGCCAAAUCCAUGCCUCCACCUCCUUCCCCUACGUCACCAUAUUAUUAUUCCAAAUCCAACAUCUUCACAUUACCAGAUCAAGAUUAUGCCAAGAAACGAAAGUAUGAGGAGGAUUCACACCAGUAUUCGAAUUAUGUGUCCCCAUAUAAGGUGUCUUCGACAUCUAUGUAUCAACCAAGACCAAAAGCUUUGCCUUCCCAUUCUGAAAUUAGUCCUAUUGGGGGAAAUACCGGCUUUGUGGACUUUCUAGAAGAUCCCAAUGUGCCAACCACAUUUGGGGGAGUGCCCCCGCCUCUCCCACCACACCGACCAAUUAUACCGGGUUGGCAAGACUUCUCCUGGAAAUCAUCCGACUAUCUACCCCCUAGACACCUGCCAUCAGUUGACGUACGCACAAGAACAUUCCCUGAUGUUAACAAUGACCCAGAAUGGCAUCGGAAAUAUCACAAUGGUACCGGCGAAUCUCGUUGUUUCAAUCCACCACAAAUUCCAAUCAGAGAUUCCCGGAGUGAAAGAUUCGCGUACGAAAUGGUAUCACCGAAAACAAUACCCCUUGAAAUUCAAACCAUAUCGGCGCCAUAUUCUUCGGUCCAGAAAGAACCAGUUUCGAAACCAUCUCCUAUACCUGAAGAGCUACCUACAUGUGCCACAUCUAUCCAUCCUGCGCAAUCUUUUUCGGUGGUUUCAUUAAAACAUGCGACACAUCCACAACCGACACCUGAAGUUGUAGCUGCUAGAAACAUUUCUCCAUCUCCACCUCCUCGUCAACAGGUGACUGCAGCAGACAUACGACGCAGACCUUCACUUUACAAAGUACCAGCAUGGCCACAUUCUGUGGAAAGUAACCAGGCCACCUCUUCUAAUGCCUCCGGGUCGGGUCCAAAUCAAAUUCUCCAUGCUGGUAGUGACACUUCACGAACUCUACAAUGUCAUAUACCUCAGCAAGCCACAACUGCCGUUUCCCACACACCAAACAACCCUUCAACUUCUCUCCCAAAUCCGGUGUCACAACCACCCAAACAGCAAGCACCCACACCCGCACCCGCACCAAAACACUCACCAAACCUAAUAAUAGACAUAGCCCAAACCAGCCAAGAAACCUUCCCCUUUGCAGCAGUAGCCGCUAGACAUAAUAAACCGAUCCAGAAAGUCCUAGAUACUUUCUCGGCGAUAAUUCAGUUGCCGCUGUUGAAACAGGCGGCGGAUGGUAGGAGAUAUGGUGUUUUGGGGAGUGAGAGGAUGAGGUUGUAUAGGGAGGCUAGGAGGGCGAUGGAGAGGGAUCGUAGGGGGAGGGAAAAGGAGGGGAGGGAGAAGGAGAAGGAGAAGGAGAAGGAGAGGGAGAGGGAGAGGGAGAGGGAGAGGGAUAAGAGUAGUAGGAGGGGGGAGGGGGGUAAAUAA